AUGGAACCCAACGACUUCAGUUCUGAAGACAAAGAGAUAUUAAACUGGGAUAUCAAUGAUAUCAAACUGCCACAGAAUGUGAAAAAGACCGACCGGUUCCGGGAGUGGCCGGAUUCCUACACGAAGCACAUCUAUAGCUCGGAGGACAAGAGCGCGCAGCGGCAUCUGAGCAGCUGGGCAAUGCGCAACACCAACAACCACAACUCCCGCAUCCUCAAGAAGUCCUGCCUGGGUGUGGUGGUGUGCAGCCGUGACUGCUCUGCCAAGGGAGGGCGCAAGAUCCAUCUGAGACCUGCCAUCUGUGACAAAGCCCGGCAGAAACAGCAGCGGAAACGCUGUCCCAACUGUGAUGCACCGCUGAAGCUUGUUCCUUGCCGAGGCCAUGGGGGUUUCCCAGUCACCAACUUCUGGAGGCACGAAGGACGCUAUAUAUUUUUCCAGUCAAAGGGAGAGCAUGACCAUCCAAAGCCAGAAACCAAGUCAGAAGCUGAGGCCAGAAGAACCGUACGGAAAGUACACACAGCAUCUUCUUCCAUCUCCUUGAACCUGAAGAGGAAUCCAGAGACAAAGUCUCUUCCAGGUGAAACACAAAGUCAGGGAAGUUUGCCUUUAACUUGGCCUUUCCAGGAAAGCGUCCAACUGCCUAGUAGUUACAGUGGACAUUUAAUGGCUAACGCUCCCCAGCAGAACUCACUCAAUGAUUGCUUGUCCUUCUCCAAGAGUUAUGGUCCGGGGGGAUCCACGGAUCUGCCCGACCUGACUUCCACCUUGGACCCCACGAAGCUCCAUGAGAAACGCAAGUUGUCCGGCAGUAGGCUCUACAGCAGUGGAGACCUGCUCCAUCCUUCUACCUCUGGAGUCUACUCGGAUCCCAGCGAUCUGCAAACAUGGAACAGAAACGCUGCUUUGGGAAGAAAUCCCCUCAAUGACAGCUGUUACCCUAAUUAUGCUUUUCCUGUGACCAGCUGGCCUUACAACUUCUCUUCUUCCCAGAACUCUUCAGAACAGUUUUACCAGCAGAUUCCACUGGAACCAUCGGCUGCCAAAGCCAGCUGUCACUCAUUAUGGCCGAAUCCAGGGAGUAAUCUUUAUGAAGACAAGGUCCAUGUGGAUUUCAACAGCUACGUCCAGCCCCCUGCAUACCCUUCACCUCAGGAAGACUCCUUUCUCUUCCCCUACCCUUCUCAUCCUCACCAGCAAUAUCCACUGCCAGGCAAGAUCGGCAAGUGGGAUGUUGAUGAAGAUGUGACGUACAUGGGUUUCGAUUACUACAACAAUGAAAUGCUUCUAAACUUCUAUCCUUUAAGAUGA